AAUUUUUUAAGGGAACGAUUUAGAUCCUCCAAAGAACUAGAGGAGCCUAUAAAUGAUUGGAUGAAAGCUUUAAAAAUAAUAAGUGAAAAAUCAGAAGAAGAGGAAGAAGAAAUGCGCAAGGGAGCUGAUGCUGAUUCUGGAACUUUUUCUGAUAGUGAAGAUGUUGUGGGGGAAAGUAGUAGGGGAGAGAAUAGAAAUAAACAAAAAGUUGGAAUGAAAACAAUGAAUGCACAACAGGAAAUAGCUGAAUUUAACAAGCUUUUGAUUGAACUAUCAGAGAACGAGCGAAACGAAAUUUUGAUUUUACUUAGAAAAUUAAUUAUUCAAAUGCGAAAUAAAGGAAAUGUUAAUUUAAAUGAUUUGUUGACAUGUUGUACUUCAUUGAAUGAAAAUAUCAAAAAUACUCAACAGAAACAGCGUUCACCGCCCCCACCUCCUCCACCACCUCCCCCUCCACCUAAUUUACUUAAAAAUUCUCGUCCUCCACCAAACAUCAAAGUCGAAAAUAUAACAACAACUAGCAAGAAAAACCAGCCUCCCCCACCACCUUUAUUAUUAACGAGGCCUCCAACACCUGGAGAUACUUGUAGUGUAGGCAAUACCCCUCCAACUCAAGCAGCAGAUAUUCCACGUCCUUUACGUCCCAAAGCACUUCCAGGACAGGGACGUCGGCUUAGACAUUUACAAUGGUCAAAAGUACCUUCUAACGCUGUUGUAGCAGCAAAUAUAGUAAUCGGUAGUGAAGCUGCUCCUUCUUCUGGUCACCAGAAUGUUUGGCAGGGAUUGGAUUGUGCUGAUAGGGAACUGAGAGACCGACUAGACUUUGCAGGCCUGGAUUCCCUAUUUGGGUGCCCCUCUUCCCCUCCAGCUUUCUACGACAACGACCAAAUUCCCAAUUUUAUGUCAAGCGGACAAAAAAGACGCCGAGCAGCUUCUCUCAUGCCCAACAGCCAACAACAAGAUUUCAUUGCUUUAUUAAAUGCAAAAAGAAGUUUAAGUGUUAAUGUUUUUCUUAAAAUGUGUCGAAAUUCAGAACAAUUACUUUGUGAUAUAACUAAUGGUAAUGCUGAAAAAAUAGGUGCUGAUAGGCUUAGAACUUUAAUACAGUUAUUGCCUUCUGAAGAGGAGCUAGAGAUCCUUCGUCAAUAUAAUGGAAAUCUUGCAUUAUUAGGGCAAGCUGAACGCUUUUUAAUUUUAUUAACUAAAGUGCCCAAAUACAAAAUGAGAUUAGAUGCUAUGCUUCUCCGAUUGGAUAUUGAAGAAUUAAUGGAUAAUUCUGGGCAAAAUUGUGGAUUGGAGACUUGGUUAAAGGGAGGAGAAGAAUUAAUGUCAAGCCCUUCACUACACAAAAUUCUCUACAUUCUUUUACACGUUGGGAAUUAUUUAAAUCACGGAGCUAGUAUUGGAAAUGCUGUUGGAUUUAAAUUGAGUUCUCUUUGGAAGGUGGAGGAUGUAAAGGCUAUUGGAGGGGCUGAAAAAGGCAGGAGAAGCACUCUUCUCCACUUUGUUGCUAAGCAAGCAAAUAAUUGUGCAGAGGAAUUAAUAACAGAACUUGGAAAUGUGAGAGAAUCUGUUAAGUCUUCUUUGGAUGCAACAAAGGAAGACCUGCGAGGAUUAAUAGAACGACAACGAAGACUUGAAGGGGAAAUUAAGGAAAUACAAAACAACGAUAUAUUUUUUGGAGAAUAUAAACAAUUUUUGGAGAAAUCUGAAAAUUAUCUAAGAAGGAUGGAAAACCAACUAGCAAAAUUUGAACCUCUUCGUCUUAAAUUGGCAAAUUUCUUUUGUGAACCGGAAAGGACCUUUUCAUUAGAAGAAUGUUUUAAAAUUAUUGCUUCGUUUAUUGAACGGUUUGAAAAGGCUGUUCAGGAAAAUAAACAAUGGUCGUCUCUCGACAACACAAAUGUAAAGACAACAGAAACUGAUUCGAAAACAACACUAACCCCCACAAAAAUCAACAGAUCUACUAGUCCAAAUCCUUCAAUUAUUUCAGACAACAAUAAUUUAUUUUUAUCAAAUUUUGUUAACAAUCCUUCUUUAGGGGUGCCUUCGGGAGUUGAAAGUUUGCGUAAACGAAGAAAUUCUGCAUUUCCGACUUUUGAAUUGAAAAUAAAGGAAAAUGAGGAGAAAAAGGGCAAUGAUGAUUGUAAUACGAAAAUCUCUGAAAAUAAUAGCAAUUCUAAUCCACCACCAAACAAUCCUUCUCAAAAACAACAAAACCAAGAGGAAAGUUCCAAUAACGAAGCUAGCAACAAAGCUAAUAUAUCAACUACUCCCCAACCAAGCAGCACUCAGUCUCCACAAACUAUCUCUCCAGUUGAUGAAGAAAAAACUUCAAAAAAUAUUUCCCCAACUUCCCCAGCAUUAGUUAGACUUUCUCGUGAUGCAAAGCAGCGUUUAGCUGAUAGUAGUAUUGAAAAGAAAAAAGAAAUAAAAAAUAAUAAAUUUGGGCAAGUAGCUAAAAGGAUUGACCAUUACGAACAUCAAGGCCUACAAAAACCUUCACAACAACGUUCAGGAAUAUCCCGUUUAAGCAGUAUUUCGAAAGUUCGGACAGGGAAUAGUCCAGCAAUUGUCCAAGUGAAAACAAAUAAUUUAGAGAAUGAAACGGGAAUACAACGACCUACACCUUUUAGAAGAAAUCAAACUUUAACGCCUACAAGUUGUAGAAAUUUGAGUUCAAAAAUUGCUUCUAAUGUGGAGAAACAAAAAGAGGCACUCCAAGCUCAUAAAGCAAAGAUUCAUUCAAGUCCUUUAAUUACUCGUGCUGCUUCUCAACAAGUUUCAAACAUUUCAAGACGUCAACAACUUCAGAAUUUACCCACCAAAAGUAACAAUUCCUCUCCUGUAGCAAAAUCCAAACCUGUACUUACUAGACAGGUUAAUUUAAAUUUUUAA